UCUCUAACAUGAACUUCAUCUCGCCUAUCCUGAUAAGGCUGAGUUGAGCGAUAAGCCGACGACGAUGCGUUGAUAAGACGGCUGGAGGUCAGCCGUCAGCUGACGGGGCAGCACUUGUUCGAGGUAUUAAGUGCUACGUCGUUCUCUGAUCAACUACUGGUGCAUGCCUCAUUCCCCUGUUAGUCCUCCUUAGUUGACUUGCAAGGCCUACUUUAGACUACAGCGGAUCACCGUAAUGUUGUUGUUAUUGUGUACGGUGAUCGUAGUUGGGCUAGGCUACGUGAUGCUGCACCUUAACGCCGGCCCCCCCAAGCUGUUCGGGGUGUAUGCGCAGAAAGGAACGUUCCACCUCUUCAAGAAGCUCAUCUUCACCGCCAUCGUAACCUUACGCAGGGCUAGAGGAGGAGUGACGAGCAUUACGGCUGAGGGAGCGAGGGGGCGGCCCAGCUUCGCACAAAUGGAAAAACCUCAACCACUUAGUACGCACCCCAAGGUGGGUGAUAGCCUGUUACAAUACUGCUAUGAUACUAACGCAAUGCUGUACUUCAAGCACCCUUCAGUGGGGCUUCUGCAGCUUCCCCGCAUGCCGGACACGCUUCUCUUUGGGGACCGAGACCGCUGGCAGGCCGAGGGCCUCAGCAUCCAUCCCCUUGUCCCCAUGGGGACGUGGGCAAUAAGUUAUGAGGGCCCCAUGCGCGUAUACAAAGAUGAAGACGACGAAGAUCAAGCAACAGGAGAAAUUGUGGACGUGCGUAUAGAGGUGGAGUGGUCCGCCAACUUCGACCACUUCGAUUUCGACUCCGACCUCGACGUGGGUGCGAUGGCCAGAGCUAUGGCCAAGGAGAAGUGGUCGCGGGAAUACUUCAACAACCUCAGAGACGCGCACCAGACGCACUACGAGCAAAUGGGCGCGUUGAAGGGAACAGCCAUGGUCGCGGGGACGACGUACAGCGUCGAGCUGGAGAGCAUGCGAGACCACUCAUACGGUCACCGGCGUGAGUGGCGGCUGCUGCACAGGUAUGCGCUGCACAUGCUGCACCUGCAGGACGGCACGCAGCUCAACGUCGGCAUCGUCAGCCAGCCUGUGUCGUGCUCCAACUUGGAGUUGGGCUACGUGUGCCACGUGGGCAGCCGUCGGCCCACCCCCGUCAGCGAGGUGGGCUUCCAGCUCUGGAACUUCGGGGAGCGCGGCAGCCCGCCUGACGACUACGCCUUCAGCUUUGUCGCGGGGGGGCGGCGCCAUGUGCUGGAGGUGCAGGGGGUGGAGGGGGCGGGCGGGGCCCCGGUGUUCUUCAUGGGGUGGCAGUGGGAGGCGAGGAUCGUCGAGAAGUUCGUCAGAGUCAAGUUGGAUGGGGUGCCAGGCUGGGGUGUGGUUGAGUUCCAGUACAACCAGGGUCCAGGGGAUCACCGACCCCCUACCCUCGCUGGGGGGGACCCUACAUGGACCCUGCAGCUCAACAAGGGCUGAGACCCCCAACCCUCGCUGGGGGGGACCCUACAUGGACCCUGCAGCUCAACAAGGGCUGAGCCCCGCUACAAUGUUCAUGAAGCCUCGAGUGCGACGUGGGCAAUAAAUAUGGAACAUGUCAUGUAGGCUUCAUGUCCGUUGUAUUAUAUGCAGAAAUUAAA